AUGUCCGGCCCGGGGCUCGCAGUUGAUGCGGCCGCCUUGCCUGCACAUGCGCCGGAGCCUCGCGACGACCCCUCGGUUGCUGGCGCUGCUUCAUUUUCGUUUGAUGCGCUCGCCGCCGACCCGACGAGCAGUCCCCCCAUUGACCCUCCCUUGCUGGCCGAGGUCGGGGACGUCGUGGACGAUGCCGAAUCGCUCAUAGACGACCUGGACAUGUUUCCGGACAGCGACGAGGAGGCGGAGGCGCAGGCGCAGGCGCAGGCGGCGGUGACGACGGAGACGGAGACGGAUGACGCGGUAGACUCGGACGAGGACAUGACUGUCUACCACGCGUCUGGCCGGCCUUUCAUCGACGCGACUGAGGACGAGGCGACAGUAUACGCGGCGGCGCAUGGCGAAAGCGAGAUGACGUUCGCCGACGAUGAAUCUGUUCUCACCAAUGAUGCUCGCUCGCCGCCAUCACAUGGAGGAGGAGGAGGAGGACCCGCCCCGUCGUUGAGAUCGCUCGAGACUUCGGACUUUGAGGUUGUGUCGAUGAUGUUGAAGAAGACGAGUCUGAGGAGGUGA